AUGGUGGCCGACAACACCGAGAAAUCGACGAAAUCGAUGGCGAACGGCUCGCUGAUCAGCACGGUGUCGAGCAAAGACGAGCUGCCCAAUUCGAUAAUUGUGACGCAGGUGCCGAUCGAGGUGUUCACGAAUCCCGACGACAAAGCGCACUUCUCCGAAUUGUUCACACAAAUCGAGGAGAACAUCCAUUUCGAUUUUCUCAAAAGUUUUCAUCGUGUUCGCGUCAUUUUCAGCACUCCCGAGAACGCGACCACCGCCAAACUCAUCGUACAGGGUUUCUCGUUCAAGGGUCAUGAAUUGAAGGCAUUUUUUGCACAGCGGGUCUACUUGAGCAGCAACGCGAGUCCACUUCUUCAGCCACCGCCACUCGAAAAACAAUUCCUCAUCUCACCGCCGUGCUCGCCGCCGGUUGGAUGGGCUCAAACCCGAGAGAUGGCGCCGGUGGUGUGCGAUUUCGAUUUGAUGGCGCGACUCGCUUCGUUCGCCAUCGACGAGAAGUACGAGGUUCACAAUGGCGACGAGUCGACGCCGACGAUCGUCAUCCAUCCGUGCGAGACGCCGCUCGACGCACCGUCGGCCGUCGAAAUGCCUCGAACACCUCGUCCCGGCUCGCCGGCCAAUGGAAUCUAA